CGAAGGGGGAAAUCUCUCCCUCUCUCCCUUCUCUCUUCUGCAAGAGAUCCACCUCCUGUUUUCCUCCCAACUCUUUUAGCAUAACCUUCAAAGAAGACCAUCCCCUACAGACUUUCUUAUAUAUUUUUUUUUUACUGUUAUUAUUAUUAUUAUUGAGAGAAUACCUUUAGCUGCAAAACAAUUUUUGAGUCUAUGCAGGACUUGGGGGAUUUCGUUAUCUUGCCAGCGAAAUUGUUCGUCGUUAAUGUCUUGCGCUCACAGGGUGCUAAAUUAGCUACCAGAGUAGGCAUGACGGAGAAAGGCUUUUAUCAUGGACUAUUCUCUUCAGUUUGAACACAUUUGCUUGAAAUUUGCUGCAUGAUGCUGUCCAGGGAAGCAGGAUUUUUUCUCGGGAUGCAGCGAUUCGCCGGUUUCUGAGCUUAUUGCAGAAGAAAAAAUAAUCUUUAAACUGAGUGGAUUUUUUUUAUUUUAUUUUUUUGUGCCGUCUCCUCCUUUCAUUGCCAGAGGACGUGAAUCUCUUUCACCAGGGAAGGUUCACCUGUCGCUUUAAUUCUUAAGGGAGUUCUUCUCUUUUUUUUUUUUUUAAAAAAAAGUGAAAUAUUUUUAUUUAUUUAUUUAUUUAUUUAUUUAUUUUAACCGGUGGAGGCGUGAUCGCGGAGAAUGAGACUGAGGGGAGCUGCCAGGGUUUGGAGGACAAGGCUGAGUUUAGGCUGGAAACUGAGAGACUAGAUUCCCCCCAAUCCCUUUUUUCAUCCAUACCCCCCCCCCCCCCCCUUUUUUUUUUUUUUUUUUUUUUUUUGGCACAACUUCCCUAGUUUCCCCUCCGCUCCGCUCAGUUUCCCUCUAUGGACAGAUCGGCAAACCUGGACACGGAGGAGCUCAAGAUGACACGAGAGCAGUAUAUAUUAGCAACACAACAGAACAGCCUGCCAAGGACUGAACAUCCUCAGUUUUACCCAGUAGGGAUUUAUGGAUGGCGAAAGAGGUGCUUAUACUUCUUUGUCCUUCUGCUGUUGGUUACCAUGAUUGUUAACUUAGCAAUGACAGUAUGGAUUUUGAAGGUUAUGAAUUUCACAGUGGAUGGAAUGGGGAAUUUGAGAGUCACUAAAAAAGGAAUACGACUUGAAGGAAUAUCUGAAUUUCUACUUCCACUGUAUGUGAAAGAAAUCCAUUCCCGAAAGGAUAGCCCACUGGUCUUACAGUCUGACAGAAAUGUAACAGUGAAUGCAAGAAAUCACAUGGGACAGUUAACUGGACAACUGACAGUAGGAGCUGAUGCUGUGGAGGCCCUGUGUAAGAGAUUUGAAGUGAGGGCAAGUGAAGGUGGAAAAGUAUUGUUUUCUGCAGAUGAAGAUGAGAUUGUCAUUGGAGCCGACAGACUGAAAGUAACAGGCACGGAAGGGGCAGUGUUUGGGCACUCUGUGGAGACACCCCAUAUCAGAGCAGAACCUUCCCAAGACCUCAAACUUGAAUCUCCUACUAGAUCUUUGGUGAUGGAAGCACCCAGGGGAGUGCAAGUCAAUGCAGCUGCAGGAGACUUAAAGGCUACCUGUAGGAAAGAACUGCACUUACAGUCCACAGAAGGGGAGAUAUUUUUAAAUGCAGAUACAAUCCGCCUGGGAAAUCUACCAGUGGGUUCCUUUUCCUCCUCCUCCUCCUCCUCACCCAGCUCUUCAGCUCCUCGCCAGACUAUCUAUGAGCUCUGCGUCUGUCCCAAUGGUAAACUUUACCUGUCCCCAGCAGGAGCAGGCUCCACAUGUCAAUCCAGUAGCAACAUCUGCUUGUGGAGCUAGAAUGACUCCAAUUUAUCCUCACACCAGAAUAGCCUUUUGUUACUAUCCCUCUGCUUCACAGUUCUGCUCGGUUUCCCUUGUGACAAGUUCGACGCUUCAAACGGCCUGCAGAGCAACUUCUUCCAGUGUAAGCAGGAAUACAGCGCUGCCUUCUCUUGUGGUUUGUGUUGCCACUCAACACAGAGAUGGGAGUGAGAUAUUCAGAAAUCAAUGUAUUCUUCAUCAGGAAACCUGGAACAAAACACCACCUUUUGUCCAAAAGGGAGAAUAACACAGGUGCCUUUGCUACAUGAAGUGAAGCACAUAGUUUUAGAUUUUUGCAGGACCUGGAUAUGAACUGCACAGAUAUAUAUAUACAGUACAUAAACAAAUUUGCCCAGAAUCUGAUGGUGAGAUGAAUUGGUUCCCCCUGUAUGAUAAAUAACUUCACUGUCUGAAAGCACAAUUUUCCAUUCAUCUUUUUGGAUGUAAACUUUUAUCCCUGAAUUUUAAAAUUUCAAAGCAUUGUGUGAUGCUUGCUUUACUAAACAAUUAAAUUCAGUAAAUGGUUUUUAAC